AUGCGCCGCCUCACCACCGCCCUCUUCGCCCGCCGCGACAAGGUUAAGGACAAGGACAGAGACUCUCGCUCCGACACCCCCGACGACCUCUCCCAGUCCACCCACACCACUGAGCGCACCGACCACUACCCAAACGGUGAUCCGCGCACAAAACACAGCAAGCUCGCCUCCCCGAUCCUUACCAGGCCAAAGUCCCGCUUCUUCCUAACCCUCGUCCGCAAGCCCCUCCCCGCCGGCGGCUCCUCCUCCUCCUCUUCCAGCGUCGCGCCCUCCACCCCAGAAGACGACGUCGCCCCCGCUCCCGCUGUCUAUGAUACCCCCACCGUUCUGACCACCCAAGACAGCGACGAUGACAAUGACGACGACGACGACGACGACAAGCCACUCACCCCUGCGCCCCCGCCCCCGCGCACCCGCAUCGCCCAGGCCCAGCACAUGCCCGCUAUCGCUGCGCCUCUAUUGCCGCCGCCCACUACAACUCCCGCAUUGGCUACUGCGACCAUCACGUCCCCUCCUCAUAUGCACGCACAGCAGGUCGUCACUCAGACCACCAGGAGUCCUCCGGUGUCUCCAGCUGCUUACGCUCGAGCUCUUGCGCAGGCUGCCCUCGCUCCCGCCUUCUCGGCCCCGCCUCUCCUGCCUGUGCAGCACCUCCCGCUCUUCCCGCGUUCUGUAAAUCCCACUCGCGCCCUCGCCACAUCUCCAUCGCAUGCUCCCCUCCUCCGCCAGCUCGCACACCGGCACGUCCUCGCUCGUCUCUCGCCAGAACGCCUUUCCCCCGCCGAUGAGCGAUGCCUCGCCCCCUUCGCAGGGCGGUCGCGCAGGCCCGAUCCCAAGCCGAGCGCGGACGCGAAACUGACGCUAGACUCGCCGGCCACGGUCAGCGUGCGCGGUGUCAUGCCCAUGAGCGAGGGGCUCCGUCGGUGGGUCAUGCGCCCGUGCUUCGAGGACCGCUUCGUCGUGUACGUCCCCUCCACGGACAGCGUAAAGUGCAUGUCUGUCUCGGGCACAGGCCUCGGCGUUGCUGCGCUCGAGUACAGCGAGGCGCUGGAGGCGCUCGCAGGGCUCGGCGAGGAUGACGAUCAGCGAUUCCACGCCGAGGAUCUGUACCAGAAUAGCACGCCAGCGGAGGACAAAAAACGACAGGCGCAGUCCGGUGCCACGCUUCCUUUCCCUCGCGCCGAACCUGGCUCCAGCUCUGCUCAAACACGAGCGCAGACGCAGGACCAGGCAUUCCCAGUGUGGGCCGCGCUGAUGGGCGAGGAACUAGACACCGUUCUCUCGCCGACACUCAGUGUCACUACGAGCUCCACGUCGCUUGCGAGUUCGGGCCCGCCGACGCCGACGUCGCCGCCUGGCGGGGAGCCUCCAUCUGUUCUUAGUGGCGGAAAGGCAGCGAUCGGCCAGCAGGGAUCAGGUACGUCGCCCCGCGUGCAGACGCAGCCACACAAGGCCCAACCAUCGCCCCUGCGUAUAGAGCAGAACAUGAUUCUCCCUAACCCCUACUCGCCCGUCAAGUCGCCCUCAAAGUCUGCAUCGGACAUGCCAGCGCCUACCCCGUCACCCGCACCGACGAACACGAGCGCGAGCACGUCGACCGCGACGAUCACGCCUGCUACUGUCACCUCGCAGGCUCCGGGGAAGGCGCCAGCACCGCAGAAGCUCGGGGUGCGCUUCGCGGAGGACGAGCGGCCCGAGCGCAACGAUAAUGUGCCGCUGGGGUACGUCCAGCGGAUCAAGCAGAAGCGCUUGGAAAAGCAGCGCUUCCUCGCUGAGGAGCGCGCGCGCAGGGCACAGGAGGAGCAGCGCCGGGCGGAGCGCGCACGCAUGGAGGAGGAGCAGCGGAAGCGGAUGGAGAAAGAGAAAGAACGGAGAGAGUACGAGGAGGAGAGGAUGAGGAGGAUGUAUGCGGAGGAACUGACGGCAGCGAGGAAUAGACGGGAGGGCAUGCGAUUCGUGCCGCCGACCGUGGCGGGGGUGACGCCGGGUGGAGAUUAUGGUGGUUCGAGGGGGAGGAGGGAGAGCGUUGGGGCGGGGAGGGGAAGAGAGACGACGAGGGACGAGUCGUACAAGCGGCCGGUGUACGACGAGAGGAGGCAGAGCGAGCCUACACCUGUGGGUGCACGGAACGGCUCACCCGCGUCGUCGAUGCACCACCUCUCUGUCCCAGGCGCGCGGAACUCGUCACCAGCACCGAGCGGGAGCGGCAGCCAGAAAUCGUCGUCGCACCAGUCACAUUCACAUUCGCCCCUCGCGCCGCCACCGACCCUCGGUCAGUCCGCACGCUCGUCAUCUGCGCCGGACGUCCGCCCACGCGAGCGUAGUGGGAGCGCGACCACUCCACAGGCGCAGCGCGCGUCGAUGGCGGGUGAUGGCAGGGACCGUGCAGCGUCGCUCUCGGCGAACCCGUGGAUGGGUGGCGCUCCGAUGAAUAUGGGGAUGGCCAUGGGCAUGCCGAUGGGGAUGAACAUGAAUCGGAUGAGCAUGAACAUGGGCAUGAUGAACGUCUCGCCGAUGCAGAUGGUCGUCCCGAUGGCGGUGCCCGUCCCCGUCCCCGUUGCGGCAUAUGGCAUGCCGAUGGGCAUGGAGCCGCUUAUCCCGCCGACGCCGCCGUUCGUGAUGCAGCAGUUUGGGUAUCGCCCGCCGUCGUCGCAGAGCAAGCGCAGCCAUGAGCACAGCAGCCAGGGUCAAAGCCAGCGGAGGUCGCACAGCUCGUCGCCGACGCCGCCUCGUGCGCCGGAGCCCCAGUCAUCACAUCAGCAGCACCAACAUCAGCAGCAGCAGCAACAAUCGCGCUCGCAGAGCUCAUCGCCGAGUGCUAAGCGCGCGGCAAGGGAGACGUUCCCGCCGAGCGCGAGCAAGGGCGCGGUGCGUGCGAGUCAGGGCCAACUUGCAGAGCAGACGUCACCAUCGUCGCGGUCCCCGCGCGAAUAUACCCAGAUGCGUCGUUCGAGCGUUGAUGGCGACUUGCACCGGAUGUCGCAGGUGUACCCCUCCAUCGCUGCUGGAGGCCGCAGCGAGCGCGAGCUCAGUAGGGAUCGCGACGAGCGGCGGAGCACGCGGUCGUCGUCUGCGGUGCCGGGGCGCUCGUCGAACCACCAUUCGUCGAUGCCGACGGUGCCAGCGUCCCACCAGUCGGCGACGUCGGCGUCGAGGCCGACGAUCGUCUCCGAGCAUAACUCGUGGGCGCGGCCGUCGUCUGGAUUUCAGAUCCUCAGCAGACCGUCGCAGUCGAGGAGACAGACGGUCAUUUCAUGA